CAAUGCGUUUGUUUAGGCAGUAGGGAGUUUCUGCUGGGGUCUGGAUUGGAGAUACAAAGACCGGACCCUACCUUGUAUGAUUGGAGUUUAAAGAAAGAACAGGAUUCCCCUUGCCUCAAAGAGUCUACAUGUCUAAUAUUUAGACAUGUUCAGCUUUGUGGAUAUUCGGUUAGUGCUGCUGCUUGCAGCAACAGCACUUUUGGCAAGAGGUCAAGGCGAGGACGAUCAAAUAGGCACCAGCUGUACAUUGGACGGCCAGGUGUACAACAACAAAGAUGUGUGGAAACCGGAACCCUGCCAGAUCUGCGUGUGCGACAGCGGCACCGUAAUGUGCGACGAAGUCAUUUGCGAGGACACAUCCGAUUGCCCCAAUCCAGAAAUCCCUUUCGGCGAUUGCUGCCCGAUAUGCCCGCAAGGUCCAGAUGUAAAGGGACCCGCAGGUGAGGAUGGCCCCAAGGGUGACAGGGGUCUCCCUGGUCUCCCUGGCAACGAUGGCAUCCCUGGACAGCCUGGACUUCCUGGGCCCCCCGGCCCCCCUGGACCCCCUGGCCUUGGCGGAAACUUUUCUCCUCAAAUGUCACAUGGCUAUGAUGCGAAAUCCGGCGGCGGUGACGUGGCAAUACCCGGCCCCAUGGGUCCCAUGGGCCCCCGUGGACCCCCUGGGCCCCCUGGUCUUAACGGACCACAAGGUUUCCCUGGCCCCGCUGGUGAGCCUGGUGAGCCCGGCGCUUCUGGUCCCAUGGGUCCCCGUGGUCCAUCUGGCCCCCCUGGAAAGAAUGGAGAUGAUGGCGAGGCCGGAAAGCCUGGUCGCCCUGGUGAGCGUGGUCCAUCUGGCCCUCAGGGAGGUCGCGGAUUCCCCGGAACCCCUGGACUUCCUGGCAUCAAGGGACACAGAGGCUUCAGCGGUCUGGAUGGAGCCAAGGGAGAUUCCGGUCCUGCCGGACCCAAGGGAGAGGCUGGUCACCAUGGUGAGAAUGGUGCUGCUGGUGCAAUGGGUGCCCGUGGUCUCCCCGGUGAGAGAGGCCGCCCUGGACCCCCUGGCCCUGCUGGUGCUCGUGGUAACGAUGGUAACGGUGGUGCUGCUGGUCCUCCUGGCCCCACUGGCCCCGCUGGUCCCCCUGGCUUCCCCGGUGGUGCUGGACCUAAGGGAGAGACUGGUCCUGCUGGAGGCCGUGGCUCAGAGGGACCUCAGGGAUCCCGUGGUGAGCCUGGUAACCCUGGACCUGCUGGCCCCGCUGGCCCUGCUGGCAACCCCGGAUCUGAUGGUUCCCCCGGUGCCAAGGGCGCUCCUGGUGCUUCUGGUAUUGCUGGUGCCUCUGGAUUCCCUGGCUCCCGUGGCGCUGCUGGAGGCCCAGGCCCUGGCGGUGCUCCUGGCCCUAAGGGCAACAACGGAGAUCCAGGUACCCCUGGUGCCAAGGGAGAGCCUGGUACCAAGGGAGAGCCCGGCCCUGCAGGUGUCCAGGGUGCCCCUGGCCCAUCUGGAGAGGAAGGCAAAAGAGGCGGCCGUGGUGAACCUGGUGGUGCAGGACCCCGUGGACCCCCUGGAGAACGGGGUGCCCCUGGUAACCGUGGAUUCCCUGGUGCUGAUGGAGCCGGUGGCCCCAAGGGUGCCCCUGGUGAGCGUGGUCCUGGAGGUCCUGCUGGAGCCCAGGGUGCCACUGGUGAGGCUGGCCGCCCUGGUGAGCCUGGCAACCCUGGAUCCAAGGGUAUGACUGGUAGCCCUGGCAGCCCUGGCCCUGAUGGCAAAACUGGUCCUUCUGGUCUCCCUGGACAAGAUGGCCGCCCCGGACCUCCUGGCCCCGCUGGAUCAAGAGGUGCCCCUGGAGUCAUGGGUUUCCCCGGACCCAAGGGAACUGCUGGUGAUGCUGGAAAGGCUGGCGAGAGAGGCGCUGUGGGACCCGCUGGUCCUCUUGGUGCCCCUGGCAAAGAUGGUGAUGUUGGUGCACCUGGUGCUCCUGGCCCUGGUGGACCUGCAGGAGAGAAAGGCGAGCAGGGACCUGCUGGGGCUCCUGGAUUCCAGGGUCUGCCCGGACCCCAGGGUGCAACUGGUGAGGCUGGCAAGCCUGGCGAAGGGGGUCCUGCUGGUGAGACCGGUAGUCCUGGACCAUCUGGACCCAGAGGUGACAGAGGUUUCCCUGGAGAGCGUGGUGCCCCUGGCGGCGUUGGCCCUGCUGGACACCGUGGUUCUCCUGGCCCAGCUGGUAACGAUGGUCCUAAGGGUGAGCCAGGUGCUGCCGGAGCCCCCGGUGCUCUGGGUGCCCCCGGUAUGCAGGGAAUGCCUGGUGAGCGUGGUGCUGGUGGCAUGCCCGGUGCCAGAGGUGAUAGAGGUGAUGGAGGUCCCAAGGGUGCCGAUGGUGGCCCUGGAAAGGAUGGCCUCCGUGGUCUGACUGGUCCCAUUGGUCUUCCUGGCCCCCCUGGUGGUGCUGGAGAGAAGGGUGAGGGUGGUCCUGUUGGCCCUGCUGGUCCUACUGGCGGUCGUGGUUCCCCUGGUGAGCGUGGUGAGCCUGGUGCCCCUGGACCUGCUGGAUUUGCUGGACCUCCUGGUGCUGAUGGCCAGCCUGGAGCAAAGGGAGAGACUGGUGAUAGUGGCCCCAAGGGUGAUGCUGGUGCUCCCGGACAUGCUGGCCCUGCUGGUGCUGCUGGACCACAGGGUCCCGCUGGUAACGCCGGAGCCAAGGGUGCUCGUGGUGGUGCUGGUCCCCCUGGUGCUACUGGUUUCCCUGGUGCUGUUGGUAGAGUUGGUCCCCCUGGCCCUGCUGGUGCUGGCGGACCCCCUGGUCCCCCCGGACCCGGUGGAAAGGAGGGAGCUCGUGGCAACCGUGGUGAGACUGGCAUUGCUGGACGUCCCGGUGAGCCUGGCCCCGCUGGCCCUGCCGGACCCCAUGGCGAGAAAGGAUCCGCUGGGUCCGACGGUCCCGCUGGCGCCCCUGGUAUCCCCGGACCUCAGGGUAUUGCUGGACAGCGUGGUAUCGUGGGUCUGCCCGGACAGAGAGGCGAGAGGGGUUUCGGUGGCCUCCCCGGCCCAUCUGGAGAGCCCGGUAAGCAGGGACCCGUUGGCCCCUCUGGUGAGCGUGGCCCCCCUGGCCCCAUGGGACCCCCUGGACUGUCUGGUGCUCCCGGUGAAGCCGGCCGUGAGGGUUCCCCUGGUCAUGAUGGUGCUCCUGGUCGCGAUGGUGCUGCUGGCCCCAAGGGUGACCGGGGUGAGAGCGGCCCAUCUGGUGCUCCUGGUGCCCCUGGACCACCUGGACCCCCAGGCGCCAUUGGUCCAUCUGGCAAGAACGGAGACCGUGGAGAGGCUGGCCCUGCUGGUCCCUCUGGUCCCGGCGGUCCCGCCGGUGUUCGUGGCCCUGCUGGCCCCGCUGGAGCACGUGGUGACAAGGGUGAGGCAGGAGAGGCUGGCGACAGAGGCAUGAAGGGACACAGAGGUUUCAGCGGUCUGCAGGGUCUUCCCGGACCUGCUGGCGCCCAUGGAGAGCAAGGACCUGCUGGACCUUCUGGUGCUCCUGGACCAAGAGGACCUGCUGGCUCUUCCGGUUCUGCUGGCAAAGAUGGCAUGAAUGGUAUGCCUGGCCCCAUCGGACCCCCUGGACCCCGUGGUCGCGCUGGUGAAAUGGGACCUGCUGGUGCUCCUGGCCUCCCCGGACCUCCUGGUCCCCCUGGUGCUCCAGGUGGCGGUUUCGACUUCGGCUUCAUUUCCCAGCCUGCCCAGGAGAAGGCCCCCGAUCCCUUCAGAUCUGGCUACAGAGCCGAUGACGCUAACGCAGUGCGUAACCGUGACGUGGAGGUGGACACCACUCUCAAGUCCCUGAGCCAGAAGAUCGAGAACAUUCGCAGCCCCGAGGGCACCCAGAAGAACCCCGCCCGUGCCUGCCGUGACCUGAAGAUGUGCCACCCUGAAUGGAAGAACGGUGAGUACUGGAUUGACCCCAACCAGGGCUCUGCACUGGAUGCCAUCAAGGUCUACUGUAACAUGGAGACUGGCCAGACCUGUGUUGCUCCCAGCCAGGCUGAAAUUGCCAAGAAGAACUGGUACACCAGCAAGAACCCCAAGGAGAAGAAGCACGUCUGGUUCGGCGAAUCUAUGACCGAGGGCUUCCAGUUCCAGUAUGGCAGUGAGGGCUCUGAUCCCGAGGAUGUCAACAUCCAGUUGACCUUCCUGCGCCUGAUGGCCAACGAGGCCUCCCAGAACAUCACGUACCACUGCAAGAACAGCAUCGCCUACAUGGACCAGCAGACUGGCAACCUGAAGAAGGCCCUGCUUCUGCAAGGCUCCAACGACAUCGAGAUCAGAGCCGAGGGCAACAGCCGCUUCACGUACAGCGUCAGCGAGGACGGCUGCACGUCACACACUGGUGCAUGGGGCAAGACGGUCAUUGACUACAAGACAACGAAAACAUCCCGUCUGCCCAUUAUUGACAUCGCUCCUAUGGAUGUUGGUGCAAACAACCAGGAAUUUGGCAUUGAAGUCGGCCCUGUCUGCUUCUUGUAAAAAAAGAAAUCUGGACUUGAAAAUGUUUUUUUUUCCUAGCAGUCAUCUCUCUAAAGUGUUUUUCUAUCCAUUAAAAACGUAAGUUUCAUUCGGCCACAAUUGAUCAACUUGCUUAAAACUGCAUUCCUGAGGACGUGUUUGUGUGUUAUCCAUUUAAAAAAAGAAACACAAACUUUUUUUGGGACCACGACUCUUGCUGACACCAACAUCAAGGACACUUUAAAAGAAUCAUUUGUUCUCUGGCAACAAGAAAAUAAUAUAUGCUUGUAAAGUGUAAAAUCCCCCUGGAGUUUAAAAAGAACAAACAUGAGAUACAGGUGACUUUUUGCCAUUUUUUACCACUGCGGAAGGACAAUGAAAAACAAAUGCUAUGUACCAUUUUCUGGUGUUAAAUAAAUCUGAAAAAUGACAGUGAAGUGUCUUGUUGUUCUAACCACAAGGAAAGCGAUCACCAGAAAUGUUCUGUUCUUAAACGUCACAGGCAAAAUGGUAGAGAACCCGGGGUUUGACUUCAUUUGAAAUCUUAUGGCUACCUCAGCAAAAAAAAAUGUUACCCAGAGCAUUCCAUAAAAACACCAGGUCAGGUUUUACACAGCAGAACGAUGAUCGAAAAAGCAAGCAACAGUUGUCAAAGGUGCUAUUUCUUCGUAAGAUCCUGUUUGUGGUGUGUGCUAAAAUAUAGAUUUUAGUCAUAUGUGAUUGUCAAUUAUACUUACAGGAUCUUUGGUGCUACACAUUUUAAGAAAUGUCUUGCUGCCAGAGCUUGUUUUUCUUUAUAAAGUGAGUUGAAGACUAUACAGCAGAGUUUGACUUAAAGAUCCUUAUUGUAGAUAUGAUGCAUGUGAGCAUGUCUGGUGUAGAUUAAGCAAGUGGAUUUGUUUCAGUUUUCACUAUUUUCUUACCACUCGCUGUUACACUUUCCCCCCUGUUUUGUUUCUUUUUGUUUUGUUUUUGUUGUUUGUUUUUUGACUGCUUUUGUUGUCAUCUCCUGGCUCCUGGCAAUACACAUCUUUCACCCUUUUGUUCCUGUUUGUUUUCUUUCUAGUGAAGGGUUUUUAAAAAAUGAAAAUGAAAAAAAAUGAAAAGACUAAGGAAAAAAAUCAGAGAAGCAGACACACUUUGGGGGUUAAAAGAGGAUCUGUACCUAUUUUGUAUAUGUAUAAUAAUUCGAGAUGUUUUUAAUUAUUUUGGAUGCUGAAAUAAAGCAUGUUAAGUGGUC